AUGGCAGAAGCUGUUAUAAGACACUGGGUGGAAACUCCCGCACGCUACCAAGAGCAGUUUGCUGUCCAAGAGCUGGAGGCACACAAACUGGACCAUGCUUUGUUUGCUUUGCCGGGCCCUUCUUCAGCUGCUCUGAGCAACACAAGGUAUAUUGCAGAAAGUGCAGCGGGGGAUGGGAAGAGUGGCCUGGAGGAGGAAAACAUGCACUUUCAGGUCUUGCUGGACGUGGUGCAGUUCCGGCCUGAAGAUAUCAUUAUUCAGACUUUCGAAGGCUGGCUCUUGAUCAAAGCUCAGCAUGGACCCAGGAUGGACGAACAUGGUUUCAUAUCCAGAAGCUUUACCAGGCAAUACAAAUUACCUGAUGGAGUGGAGAACAAAGACUUGUCUGCCCUUUUCUGCUAUGAUGGCAUUUUGGUUGUUGAAAUGAAGAACUCAGUGGGAAAGAAUUAG